UCUUUACCCACGGUUCCGCACUUUACCCACGGAAACGAGAAAAAAAAUACAAAAAUUUUUCGUCUGCCCAAAACAAUAUCAAACUUUAGGAUAGUAUUCAGUAUAUGUAAUAACACUGCUACACAAACACAACUGCAAACUCCAACUCCCUAACUUUAAAUAAGAUAAGUCAGAAAUCUGAAUCAGUUGUUGCUGGAAGGAAAAAAUAAGAUGAUUUCGUUAAAGCUUUUUCGAAUAAGUUUUCGAAAUUUUCCAAUAAAAACUAUGUUAUAUCACACUUUUUCGAAAAAAACAGUUUCCUACAGUUACAGGAAAUCGAUUAUUCCACCUGUGUUGUUGUCUUCGCUAAACCAAUUCGGAUCGGAGUCCUCUCACCGUGCUGAGUUUCUUAAUGAGAUUCCUAUACAAAUAUAUGAGAAAGUUAGUCAAGAAACUCUAGAGAACUUGUGUGAGACAAUAGACCAUUUGCUGGAAGAAAAGUAUCCUUCUGAAUUUGAUGUUUCACUCUCAAAUGGAGUACUUACAAUCCAACUUGGACAGCAUGGCACUUAUGUGAUUAAUAAGCAAACACCCAAUAGACAAAUUUGGUUGUCUAGUCCAACAUCUGGUCCAAAACGUUAUGACUACAUCAACAGGCAUUGGGUUUACUCGCAUGACAAAACCAAUCUUGAUGAAUUGCUGAACAAAGAGUUCAGUAAUAUAUUGAAUGAAUAUGUGGCAAUAGUUUCACUACCAUUUUGUGAAUCCUGAGCAGUUUAUUAAAUUUCAUUGUUUAAACCUAAA